UUCUCAUCAAUGGCAUUGGCACUGCAGGAAACGUAUUCUGAAAGAGCCCUGCAAUCAGGCUGAUGGAGCAGAAGCAGUGAGAGGCCUUUAGGUGCCACUUCAGGCUCCUGCUCAGCUUCAUCCAGCUCUGCUCAGCUUUUCCAAAAGCAACACGGUGCUCUGCUUUCCCUUUGGAGAACCACAGCAGAUCCAAAGCCAUGUGCUCCUGGAGGUUUCCACCCUCACUUGAUUCAGAGCUGCCUAUGUGACCUAAUGUCAUGUGAUGGCCCAGACUGAGCUUGCUUUGUCACGGUGGUUUGGGACUUGGUUUUCUGCCUGCCCCAUAGAUCUGUAGGUCUGACUUUAUCCUCACAGCUGGCUUGGGGCCAGACUGGAGUAGUACUGCCCAUGAGGUUGUACCACCCCCCCUCUCUGCUUGUCUGGGCAGUUGCUGAGCAUGAGGAACUCUGAUGGAGGCUUUGCCACUUAUGAAACCAGGCGAGGAGGCCACUUACUGGAGCUGCUAAACCCCUCGGAGGUGUUUGGUAAGGGCAGCUCUGGGGGUUGGUUGUCCUGCCCACUGAGAAGGGACAAAGUGGCCUGGGCUCACCAUGCCCAGUGGGUGCCUGACAGGGGAUCAAUGUGCCCUGGGUCUGGGGCAGGCUGGCAGCAGCUGGCCUGGAGGCUUGCCCACACAGGGGCUGUGGCACUGAUACCCAUUGCCUGCUGGCAGGUGACAUCAUGAUUGACUACACAUACGUGGAAUGCACAUCCGCUGUCAUGCAGGCACUGAGACACUUCCAGAGCCAGUUCCCUGAGCACCAAGCCGUGGAGAUCAGGGAGACUCUGCAGAAGGGCCUGGAUUUCUGUCGCAAGAAGCAGCGAGCGGAUGGGUCCUGGGAAGGGAGCUGGGGGGUUUGUUUCACCUACGGCACCUGGUUUGGUCUGGAGGCGUUUGCCAGCAUGCAGCACACAUACCAUGACGGGACUGUCUGCCAAGAAGUGGCCCAGGCCUGCCAGUUCCUGAUCUCCAAGCAGAUGGCAGAUGGCAGGUGGGGAGAUGAUUCGAGUCCUGCGAGAAGCACACAUAUGUGCAGAGUGCCGAGUCACAGAUCCACAACACCUGUUGGGCCCUGCUGGGGCUCAUGGCUGUCAGGUACCCUGACAUCAGUGUGCUGGAAGGGGGCAUUAAAGUGUUGAUGGAUAAGCAGCUGCCCAACGGGGACUGGCCUCAGGAGAACAUUGCUGGGGUGUUCAACAAGUCGUGUGCCAUCAGUUACACCGCGUACCGCAACAUCUUCCCCAUCUGGACGCUGGGGCGGUUCUGCCGGCUGCAUCCCAACAGCCCCCUGGCUGGGCAGCUGCCAGCCAGAGCCAGAGCCAGCCCCUCGGCUGGGGCAGGGCAGGAGGAGCAGGGAGCCCUGUCUGCUUGAACCUGCGGCCCUGGACUUGUCUUGGAUCCCGGUGUCUGUGUGGGGCCGUGGCGGUGUGUGUUGCAUGGGACAUCUCCAUGCUGACCUUAGCAUGUGGACUGCUGCCUCUGCCAGGGAAGGGUGCUGUGCCGGUGCUGCAGAGCCUCUGCUUGCUGUUGAACCUCUUCUAAACAUUCCCUUUCUAAGGUUUUUUCCAGGUAUGUUCCCCAUCCCCAGAUGGGGAGUGAAGUGCCUUUUCAGACCAUUUUGAAGAUCAGAUGAAGCUGCCGAGCUGUGUUGUAUUUCACAUUUGGACAGACUCUCAUCCUGGGUCGCAAGGCUGCCUUUAUUGUCACAGUCUGUCUGUCUAUACCAAGAGUGUGGGAUUUGGGGUCUCCCCUGUGCCCACCACUGGGGCUUGGGGGGCACCGCACAAUCCCUGCUGAGCUGACCUCUGUACUGUGGGUGCCAGUGAUGGCCUUUGAGUUACUCGCUCUACUCUGGAGCCCGUUCUGGGAGGGGAAGGACACCUGUCCUCCCCCAGAUGUGUAAGAAAAGGAGUGCUUUGCUUAAUUUUCUUAUUGUUCUGUCCCCCAGCUGGUGGCACCUACCUUCCGCAGGUGAAGUCACCACCAGCCCUUGGAGAAGGGGCAGCUGAAGCAGAAAGCUGUGAGGUGGUUGGCAUCAUGGCACAGCCUGAGCCCAGGGCUCCAGGCUUCCCCCAACUCAGACCGUGGUGCCCUGGGGCAUUCACAGGUCAUUGUCAGAGCUGGAAGUCAGAUGGGAUAAUAAAUUGCUAAGGGUGAUGCAAGAGGAA